GCAUGAUGCAUCUGGGGGAAAAAAGAGUUUUCAACACUUAUCAAUAGAACAUCAACAGGCAAUUUAAACAGAUUUUAAAAGAUAAACUGUAACUAAGAUUGAGCUGCAGAAAUCAGUCAACCAACCAGCCAUGGAGGGGCGAGGGACCCGGGGCCAAGUAGGAGGUGUUGACCUGAAGGGUCAGGGGAUCGGCUUUGGCUUCCAGCCCCCUGGACUCCCGGCCAGCUCCAUCAUAACUGCAGUCCAGCAGCAGGACUACUCGGCCAGCGUUUGGCUUCGCAGGAGGGAAAAGCUCGAACACUCUCAGCAGAAGUGCAUUGUGAUAUUUGCCUUGGUGUGCUGCUUCGCUGUGCUUAUGGCGUUGAUUUUCUCGGCAGUGGAUAUUUGGGGAGAAGAUGAAGAAACGGAGGAAGAGUGUUCCAGUAACUGCAGCAUCGUGCUUGUAGAGAACAUCCCAGCGGACAUGCUGUUCUCGGACGACAGCGCCUUCCACCUACCUCUCUCCACAGGGCUCAACAGCUUACUGGACAAAGCUCGAGUUGCUGUUGAGAUCGUUUCCCCCGUGUGGCUCCUCAGUCCCUCUGGUUAUGAGUCCAGCUUCUACCCUGCUGCCGGCCAGGGCAGGGCUCUGCUAUCCAGGCUGCAGGGACUGAAAGACAAAGGAAUCCAGCUGAAGAUCUCCACAGGAGACUUCGACUCAGCAGAGCUGAAGACGCUCGCAGACAAUCACGACGCUGAGGUUCACAAGGUGAACAUGACGGCCCUAACCAAAGGCUUCCUCAAGUCGUCUUUCUGGGUCGUCGACAGGAAGCAUUUCUACAUCGGCAGCGCCAGCAUGGACUGGAGAUCUCUGACCACCAGGAAGGAGCUCGGUGUGGUGGUGUACGACUGCAAACCUCUGGCCUUGGACCUGCACAAGGUUUUCAGCCUCUACUGGGGGCUUCAGCAUAAAACCUUCAUCCCCACCUUUUGGUCCAAGCGUCUGUUUCCCUUCUUUAGCAAAGAGAAACCCGGAAGUCUCUUGGUUAACCAAACAAAAGUUGAAACCUACAUCUCCAGCUCGCCAGAUGUUUUCAUCACCAAGGAUCGCAGCAGCGAUCUGGAAGCAAUCUCCGCAGUCAUCCAGCAGGCCCGCCAUUUCAUUUACAUCUCCACUAUUGACUAUCUGCCCCUCCUCAACAUGCAACGGUACUGGUCUCGUAUCGACGGCCUUUUAAGAGAGGCGCUGAUCUUGAGGAAGGUCCACGUCCGUCUGCUGAUAAGUUGCUGGGAAGAAACUCAUCCUCUUACUUUUAACUUCAUCUGGUCCCUGAAGAGCCUUUGCAUGGAGCAGGCCAACUGUUCCCUGGAAGCUAAGUUCUUCAACGUGCAGAGGGACAGCGGUCUCAGUGGAAUGAAUCACAAUAGAUUUAUGGUUACAGACAGAGCUGUUUAUAUAGGCAACCUCGACUGGGUGGGGAAAGAGUUCACCUAUAAUGCAGGAGCAGGCCUUGUGAUCAGUCAUCCAGAAAAUGUGGCAGAGAGGAACUCCACAGUGGUGGAGCAGCUACAGGCUGUUUUCAAGCGGGACUGGUUUUCACGUUAUGCCAACACGAUACAGACUAAUGGAAUCCCAGUUUGCAGCAAGCAACAGAUCAACAAGUCGGUGCUUUUUAAAUCCGGCCACAGAAACUAUGGACCCUUGCCAAGUCAACAGGACUUCGGACCUGCACCACUGAGAAACCAUCCAAAAGCUGAUCGACCCACACCGGACAAAAUAGCACACCGUGAAGACAGGCUGAAAAAAAUCAGCUCGCAAAGCUUGGCCAACAAACAGGGCCCAGUUAUGAACAACCACCAAGAGACGGCUGGAAUCAAAAUGAGUGACCUCGAUGACGAGCGUGCACACGUAAAAGAUUGGAAGUUUAACAUUUCAGAGGAUCCACCCAGCCGGUGGGCUGAAAGCAGCGGCUUCAGAGAGAUCUCCAAUGGAUCUCUGUGACGUGUAAAGUGCGAUUCUGUUACUGAACUUUUGUAGCAUUUUAAUAUAGACAUUUCUGAGUAAAAUAUUUAAGCAUAGGCUGGUUGGCAAGUAUUCACACAAGGAAAAACCCAGGAUGUCACGAAGGACAUGAGCUGGAUUCAACAGAGACAAAAAACAAACAUACCUACUACAUAUUUAACCAAUUCUCAAUCAAAGGAUGUAUGUGAAGUUAAACCGAUUGCCUGAAUAUGUACUAUAAGAUGUUUUUGGCAGUCAUACCUUAGCGCCCUUUAAAAGGGAGUAAAAAACACCUGCAUGCCUAUGCAGAGACAGGAAGAGGUGCAGAAUGUGCAGCUAUAACAGCUAUAUCUAUUUGGUAGCUUUCCAAAAUAGAUCAACUUUAUAAUAAUUGCCUGUUUUGUAAAUUGUUUUGUUAAUACCCAGUAACACUUUUAGCAAGAACACAUUUCUAACUAAAAACAAAUAAAAAAAAUAGUUCCGUUUACAGGAAAAAGACACUAAUGUGGCUCUGCCCAGACAGUGCUUUUAGUCCUCUUAAUGGAAAUAACUCCUGAAACUGAUUUUGAAUACUGACCCAAAGCAGAGGAACUGGAGCGCUAAAGGCUCUUUACAAAUCGAUAUCCAUCAUGGUUUUGUUGGUUGCAAGUUGCUGGAAACCACGUAAGAUUGCGUGCAUCAAAGUGAAUUAUUUUACUGACACUGAAACAGAUAUAUAUGAUAUAAGCAUUUGGACAAUUUUCUUGUUGCAUUGCUGCUACUGAAACACUUUCGCUACUUUUCUUUUUUUUUUUUUCCCCCACAGGGAGAUAGUUUGGUAUUUCUCGUUGUGAUGGACUUUUACUUUGAAGGGCUCCCAACAAGCAAAAGUUACUCUUCUUUUAUUCCUAUAUCCCAACCAAGCAGGAGGAACAGUGCAUUUAUAUUGACUCUUUCCAAACACAGCACUGUAACCAGGGUGCACACAGGAAAAAAAAAAAAAAAAAAAAAGCAGGGGGACGACACUUGGAUCUCUGCUGUACACUAAAUCAAUGCAAUGAAUUUUUAACCAAGCUGACAGCUGAAGUAGCUGCUGUGGACCCUCAAGGACAUGUUGGACUGUAACGUCAUCCCUGAAUCUUACCUGCCUUCCUUUUAACGUAGUCAGAGCUAUGCUGUAGAUUGUUAGGAAAGAAAUACCACUUAGCACUUAACUGAAAGCUUGUAGCAAAUUUCAUUUUUGCAUUUUGAAUGUUAGCAUGUAGCCUGUGUUUACACAAACCUCUAGCCACGUUUUUUGUGGUUAAGAACUAUAUCUAAGAUUCUUUUUUUUUCUUACUCUAAAAGCCAUUAAUCAACCAAACAGGAAGGCAUUAUCAGCUGAAACUGCAGUUAGAUGUUUGGGCGUCUUGUCUUGAUUACGGCUAAAAUGAAUACAUCUGUAAUAAACGUCUGUUAGCACCACGGAAAAUACUAGGAAAAAUUUAAUUAAGCACAAACGUAAAGAAGUUUGGUGUAAAAAGAAAUAGCGGUCCACAGACGGGUAUUUACAAUGCCUUACAAAAGUAAUCACACAUGUGCAAAAGUCCAAGGGGGUGUCAAUACUUUUGCAAGACGCUAUACGAAGCAUAUAUCUGGGUCAACUGCACUUUACUCUUUGCUGCGGAGACUUUUAUUUGUUUACUUUGGGUUUCUUUUGCCUAAGCAUUUUUGGACCAAACCGUUUCUAAUCAAACAAUUAAUCAGUAGCUCAAUCAAUCAUGCAAUAAUAUAACUUUUGAAGAAGAGAAAUCAAGGGAAUGUUUUGUAACCUCCACCUUACACUGAUAGAGAAAACAUCUAAUGCCAAAUCACUGAUCUCAGUGGAAGAUCAAACAAUCAUGUGCCAAAAUAAAUAAAUAAAACACGGCUUGACAUGAAUAUCUUCUGCCACCUGGUGGACUAUAUGAAAAAAAGUAACCUUUCUAUAUAUAGGACAAAAUAUUUUGUCAAGUAUAGGUGUUUCAUAUCGUUUCACAUGAUUCACAAUUGCUGCUAUAUAAGUCACUAAAACCCCUUUAAUAAACAGCACUCACAGUGGUUUUCAGUUCAUUACAGGGCUAAUGCAUGUGAUUUCACAUACAACGUACAAACUGUAAUGUCAGAUUUCAGAAGUUUGGUCUGAAAGUGUUCUGACACUUGUUGUUUCAUGUUAUUAGAUUUUAACAGAUGUAAAUAAAAAAAGUCACUUUACACCAAUGAUAUGCUUAAUUCUAACAUGUGUAUAUGCUUUCCAUUUUGUUUAAUGCACUCUGCAACCACAAUGUCACAUUGGACGUAUAUCUGGAAUGCCAUUGAUAACAUUGCAAUUAUCAGCUGAUUGUGACAUGUCUUGUUUAAAAAAAAUGCUGCUAAUAUACUCUGCCCAUGUCUUUGUGUGAAAUAAUACCUGCCUGUACGUUUCCCUCUUAGCAGGGGCUAUAUGCAUGACACUGGAGUUUGUUUUUACUUGGAAAAAGUGACAUUGAACAUGUCGCUUGUCAAGGUUUGAAACCGGAAAAAUCUUUGCAAGAGCCUUCAUGACAAAUUAAAGAAGGCCUGUAUCUGUAUUACUUGCUAGGGAUUAUUUUGACUGAUAAGAUCUGAGGAAAUUUUUUUUGUGUGAAACAUCUUGGAUUUAAACUAUAUUUAUGAUGUCAGGUGGUACAAAGGUGUUUGUGGAGCCACACAUUUCAGCAGAAUGGAGAAAUGACUUUCAUUUUAAAGCUAAAGAUUCUCAAAGUCGCCUACAUUUAUUCUGUUGUACCGGCAUGACAUUCUGCAUGCACUGCCUUUAUGAACUUUGCACAGUAAGCAAAGAGCCUUCAUAAAAUUAAGUUAAAAGGGAACUCUUAUAUACCUUUAAAGACAUGAAUAGAAUGUAUAUUUAUGGAAUAUUAUUGUAAUGCACACUAGUGCUUACCGGAUUGCUUAGUUUUUACUCUUAAUAAAAAAAUAAGUACCCUA